CAAAUGGUGCCUCAAGUGCACCUGAAUGCGUAGAGUCAUGAGACAUGUCAAAUGUUAAUGUCUCAUUAACAAUUACACAGCACUACGAUGGAAACACGUUUUGCUCACAUUUUUGGGGCUUUUUUCUCUGUUAAAUUAUUUUAUUAAAUUAUGGAGGGAAUUUGUAAGGACGUGAUAUUGUGCAAGGGAGAGAAGGCAGCGAACGAAGGUCAAGACUCCUACGUCAAGGUGUUCGAGGGGGCUGGCUACAGCUGUCAAGUCCUGUCGACUCUGUCCUUCUCGUUCGUGAACGCCCAGAAAUUGCGAGAUCGCCUGGAGACGCCUGAAUCAUACUCCGGUUUAAUUUUCACGAGUCAGAGAUCAGUAGAAGCCAUCAAGCACUGCUUGGCAGAUAAUCCCUUGAGUCCCCCCUGGAGGGAGUUGCCAGCCUACUGUGUGGGUCCAGCAACCGAAAAUCUAGCAAAAAAUGCUCUUGAUCUAGCCAACUGCGUGGGCUCGCGAAGUGGCAACGCCCAGGAGCUAGCGAAAUUCAUAAUAUCUCGCCAUACAAAUCGAGAUCAGCCACUGCUGUAUCCCUGCAGUGGCAUCGCUCGUGAAACAGUCCAACAGAUGCUGGAGGAGGCUCAAAUAUCUGUGGAAAAAAUAACGGCCUAUGAAACUCUGCCCUCAGAAACCCUAGAGGACGAUCUGUUGGAUAUUGUGAAAGAAUCCCAGAUUGUUGUUUUCUUCAGUCCCUCGAAUGUCAAAAAUGUGAUAGCUAUUGCUGAAAAGAACAAUUUGACUGGUGGGAUGAGACCUGUGGCUAUCGGCCCUGUGACAGCAGAAGCUAUUGAAGAUCGAGGGCUCAGGAUUUAUGCCACCGCAGCUAAACCAGACCCUCAAGCUCUCUUAAAAUCUGUACAAGAUGCAGAGAUUGGGAUUAUUGAUUAAUGAUCUUGUGAAUGCAGAAUAAAUUAUAUCGGAAGUGGAGUGGGAGAAUAGGCUGGAUCAACUCAAUUCGAAGAUGAUUUAUCAAAAAUUAUCACGCGAAAACACAAAAUGGAAACGAUUAUCUUUCGAUAAAGAUCGAAAAUUUGAGAACCAGUUCUGAACAUCCCCUAUUUCACAAAAAAAUUCCCUCCAAACCGCACUGUUAGAAAAAAAAUUGAACUCUCAUGUGCAAUUCAGUA